AGUGAUCGCAAGAACACGUUGUGAAAGGCCAUUUUACUGUUGAUAAUGGCCCGUAACAAAAGGCAGUGGAAGUUCGUUAUUUUCGUGACCACAGUUCUUUUGAAAGUGUGUGUGAUAUCUCUUCCUGUACAGCAAAAUUUAAAUUAUAACACAAAUACAGAUGAAAUAGAUGCUACUUUUGAAAUAACACUAAAACCGAAAGUGCAUUUUGAAAAUCUAAUUGAUGUAAACGAUAGUAUUAUAAAUGAAGAUAAUGAAAAGAAAUUAAAUGCUACAAACUCGCGUAAUGAUACUACUAGAAAUGUUGCUCCGUCUCCAUUACGAAAUAAUGUUAGACCAGGUCAAGAAGUCAGACGGCAUACCAUACAGAUAACAGUAGACGGUGAAACUUUUACUGGCAGAAGUCUAAUGGAAAUUCAACUCGAGCAUAAUUCAAGGGAAGAUGCAAUUAUUUUCCAUUUCCAAGAUUUGGUGAUAACACGAGUUAUGACCGCGAUUUUGACUGAAUCAAAUCUUGCGCAGACUCCAUUUAGGGUCAGGAAUAAUAGACUGGAAAUUAAUCCUAGACUAAGUGCUUCAUCUUUUAUAGUAGUAAUAGAAUAUACUGGCCGAUUAAAUAGAAAUGGAUUGGGAUUGUAUGCAGGAUCAUACGAUGACAAGACUUAUCUUGCGAUGAACCUACAUCCUACGUACGCAAGACGGGUUUUCCCUUGUAUCGAUGAACCGAACCAAUCAUCCACAAUUAGGUUCACGUUUAAUAACAUUGAGUAUGACAACUUGGUGGUGAAUUCAAUGCUAGAAGACAACAGUCAAACGCAGUUCAGACCAUUACAAGGUCCUCCACAUUUAUGGGGUAUGGUAGCUCACAAUCUCAACAAUGCUUAUUUCCCAACACCGAACGUCGUGUUGAACGGACGUCCACAGGUCAUAAACCAAGAGGCUCAAGCGUCUAUCGCCAUCAACCAUUAUUACCAUGCACUCAACGAAUGGACAAACAAACCUUAUCUUGAAAUUAUUCUAAAUCAAAAUGAAAGGAUGCACAUCAUAGCAUUACCUGAUACUGACAGAGAUUGGUACGCGCUGUCAACUGUGUGCAUUUGGGAACCAUAUGUUUUCAUGGAAAUUAACCAUUCAGUAAAGCAAAGACAACUCGCACUUACUAGAAUAGCAGAGAUGAUGUCGAAGCAAUGGUUCGGUUACGUCAUACACCCUGAAAACUGGCGCUUCCAAUGGGUUACCAGUGGCCUGUCUACAUAUGCUGGAUACGAAGUACUUAAGGAUUUCCAAGAGGGUCCCCUUGACACAGAUAAUGCUUUACUAGACGUAAACACAUUAUUUGUAACAGAAGUAAUCCAAGAAAGUCUUCUUCGAGAUGCAUACAUCAAUACUCAAGCUCUGGAACCGAAUGAAGAUAUUUUUGAUGAACAAGAUAUAAGGCACAAUGUUAAUGGAUUGUUGAAAUACAAAGCUCCCGCUAUAAUGAGAAUGCUAAGACUGGUACUGGGCGGGGCUAAUGAUGAUUUUAUACAAUUAGCUGCUAGAGCACUCCUCAAUAGCAGAUCUUUACAAACAGUUAAUUCAUUGAACUUCUACGACGCAAUUAACAGUGAAUGGUUAUUUGGCGGUAGUGAUAUAAUAGACAAUAUACAAGACUUCUUAGAAGCAUGGGUUGAGACCACAGGCUAUCCUACAAUUCAUGUUGGUUUGAGACAAGGCGGUGUCCUUAUUACGCAGGAGCGUUUUGCGUUCUCCCCUGUUGCACAAAGGAACUAUGAAAUACCCAUAACAUACACGACCAGUGAGAAUCCAAACUUUGGUGAUAAUAAUAUCCAUCCAAUAAGUGUUAUUGAUGGAACAACAACCUUGGAUUUGGAUAUCGAUGAAGAGGAAGGCUGGAUCAUAUUUAACAUUCAAGCUCAAGGUUAUUAUCGAGUGAACUACGAUCCAGAUUUAUGGGAUAACUUGAUAGAAGCUCUCGAAGACCCGGAGCGCAGGAAACAGAUACACCCACUGAACCGCGCUGCAUUACUGGACGACGCAUUAAACUUAGCAAGGGCUAGUAAAAUCGAUUAUGAAAUUGCAUUGAGAAUAGCUCUCACUAUGGAACAUGAAACAGAGUAUGCAGUUUGGAAGGCGUUCGUUAGAAAUAUGAACUUUUUGAGGAAACGACUUACAGCAAUGGUUGAAGAAGAUGAGGACUUAGAUCAGGAUAUUUAUUUAAGAAUGGUGAGAAGAGCAAUUGUUGCAUUUGAAAAUGAAAUUGGCUUCGAACCGGAUCGUGUGACAGAACCCGCCAUGGUGUCCCUUACAAGAGGCUUAGUAAUGGACCACGCCUGCAGAUCUAACUAUGAUCCCUGUAUUGCUGUUGCCGUUGACCUGUUUUAUGAUCCUAAUAAUAAUGAAGUUGUAAAUCCUGACAUUCCUCGGGAUUUGAGACCGGCGGUUUAUUGCACGAUGGUGAGAGAGGGUGACGAAGAUGUCAGAACAGCAUUAUAUGAACGGUUGGAAAUUGAACCAUCGUAUUAUGAGCGUAUAGUAAUUUUGGAGUCACUGGCUUGUUCUCAAGAUGCCGGUUUUAUAAGAACGUUUUUAGAAGAAACAGUAGCAAAUAAUAGCCCGUACAGCGCUGAGGAAAGUGUAAGGAUCUUUAAAGCAGUCGCAGAGAGCAGUUAUCAGAACGCAAGGCUCGCUCUCAGCUUUAUAUCGUUAAGAACAAAUGAAAUUAGAUCUAGGUACGGUGGUGCAGACAAACUGGAAGAUAUCAUAUUGACACUAGCAGACAACAUGGCGAAUGCAGAUUUGUCUACUGAUUUUAUUAACUGGACUGGUUCAAGGAACAAUAAUUUAGAUGAUUCUGAAGACUUUGCAGAAAGAGUAGCCACACAUGUUGAUGAGAAUGUAGAUUGGGAUAAUGCACAACUCGAAUAUGUCUACGAAUGGAUUGACGAAAAUGAUGCGACAACUAUAUUUGUUUCGGCAAUUUUAAUAACUCUAUCUCUAGUUAUUACUAUUUUCAAUAAUUAA